UGUCCAUCAAUGCCAGCUGUCAGUGCUCAUCAAUGCCACCUGCCAGUGCACAUCAGUGCCACAUCAAUGCCACCUAUCAAUGCCAGUCAGUGCUACCUAUCAAUGCCAGUCAGUGCCACCUAUCAGUGCUGCCAAUCAGUGCCACCUAACAGUGCCAGUCAGUGCCACCUAUCAGUGCCAGUCAGUGCCCACCUAUCAGUGCACAUCAAUGCCACCUAUCAGUGCUUGUCAGUGCUGUCUAUCAGUGCCAGUCAGAGCCACCUAACAGUGACAGUCAGUGUCACCUAUCACUGCCAGUCAGUGCCGCCUAUCAGUGCCAUAUAUGAGUGCUGCCUAUCAGUGCCAUAUAUGAGUGCUGCCUUUCAGUGCCCAUCAGUGAUGCCUGUC